GUUGCUCGAAAUUUAAUUGUUGGUCGCGCGAUAAUUCCUUCGUUAUAUAUGUUUUAUGUUUUUCAUUUAAAUCGAACAGAUAACUAACGAAAAAUUAACUAUAUAAGAUAGAAUAUGAAAGGAUUGCUGGAAAAGUCAGAUGUAAAUCACGAAAGAUAAAUCUAUCUCAUCGUGGAAAGUGGACUUACGUAUGAUAAGUAGCAAAUUACAUGAUAGUAUGGAUGCGCAUGAGUAUUUUUAAAUACAGAGUCCUUUCUCUCCCUCCCCCCCUCUUUCUCUCUCUCUCUCUAAAUGAUAGACCCUUUUUUCUUUCUCUCUCUCUUUCUCUUGGUACCGAGAAUAUAGCCGUUCGAAUUAUGAAAUCGUUACAUCGUGCGAACGACUGAUGCAGAAACGUGCAGCCAUCGAACAUCCUAUCGGAACAUUCUCAAAGGUACAUUGGUUCAAACUAAAGAAAAACUUUAAAUGCUUACUUUCAAACAGGGUAACCUGGCCAUUCACCAACUACGAAAGGACAACGACCCUUCCACAUCUUUUGCUUUGUCGUUCAUCCGAGUUCGAAGUUCGAAGAACGGUAAAUGGUGAUUAAAUCAGUUAAUCGAUUAAGGGAGACAAGAUUCAGGUCGAACCUGAUGAUCUCUGAAUCCGGAUUUAUUCUGAUCAAAGAUCGAGAUCGAGAUCGAUCAUGAAAAAAAUCAUUGGCCGAAUCGUCGUAUCAACUACCGGGCAUACACGGAAUGCGAAUGGGUUUGGUGCGAAAGGACGGAAUAAAAGGAUUUUCUGGCUAAUGAUUCUUGGCACGUGGCAUUGCACUGGUGAAAAGUUAUCUCCCGAUCAAAAAGCACCUCUAUUUGCUCGAGGUUCUGGUGGACUGAUCUUGAAUACGCCCUUCGAGGACAAUAAAGCCAGGAAUCGUCCGAUCUCAAAUGUAAAUGCGCCGGUGGACAACGUGCAAAAAGAGGAAACAGAAAUGCUGAAAUUAGUGAACGGUGAACUAGUGCGAACUGUAAAAGGAAACUUCUCUUAUAAUAGCCCCGAAAAUCUUUUCAUUUCUGUUAAAUACGAGGCUGAUGAGAAUGGAAAUAGAGCCAGCUUUAAGUUUGGUACCGGCGCUGCAAAUGAUAAUCAUAAUAUUCCCUUUGGUUCUGGACAUAGAAUGAGAGAUAAAAAUGGUUCUAAAUCUAAUUCGUACCUACCACCUACAACUGUUACGAAAAACGAUGUUAAUAGAACCUAUCUACCACCACAAUAGAAUUACUAUUAGCUUCUUCUGACUAUACUUCUAAUGAGCUUUCAAUGCUUUAAUAUUUUGGAUAAAAAUUUUUUUGUUGAUCUUAUAAUUCAAAAAGUAAAUUUUGAAUUAUAAAUUUUUUCUCA